AUGACCAUAUUGUCUAUUCUUCCCGUUUAUUACCUUCUUCUUAUUCCAUCAACAAUUAUCAUUGCUCUAACACUUUACGGACUCGUACAAAUUAAACGUACAUCUACAAUCGAACAUUUCCUAGAAAAGACUUUGCAAACUCUCGACGAUCAAAACUCCAACAGUUACAAGCAAAUCGAUAAUGUUCUUCAAUCGAAAACAACAGAGUACAUUCCAGCAUCCGUUAUUGUCGACGCCCACAACUUAUCUGAUAAGAAAAUGUAUUUACAUGAAAUUCUAGCUGAUUGCGAUUUAUUUGUUCCAGCCUAUGUUGAACCUGAAAGAAAUCCGGAAUUAAACGAACGUGUCGAACGACUCAAAGCUGAACAAGCUAAUCGAGAAUACGAUGAAAUGACAAAAAAUGUCAGUUGUAAUCGAUUGUAUACAGAACAAUCAGCAGGUUCGCUCCUACCUGAUAUGAAAUCCGUACAAGGACAAUUGAUAACUGUUGCCAACGUGUUUCUAACGAUCGGUGGAGCGUUUGUUUUUGGUUAUAAAGCAGUGGAAUACUCUAUGGGCAUAAAACAUUUCGUGUUACAAAUAAUAUGUGGAUUAUUUUGUGCAUUUAUCGUGGCAAUUGCUGAUUUGUAUUUUCUUUUUAAACGCUUAAAUAAACUCGACUGA